AUGUAUAAAGUCAGGACCCUGAUCUGUAUGUCUUUGAUACUUUGUGGAUUAGUGACCGAAUGUUUUGGCUUAGUGAUCAUGCCUAAAGACAAAAGGGGUUGGACAUUGAACAGUGCUGGAUAUCUGUUAGGUCCACAUGCAGCGAAUGGUCACAGGUCACUGAACGACAGAGGGGGCCUCGCUGGAAAGAGGGAUACCUUUGAUGAUAAUUACAAAUUAGCUGUCACAAGUUUCAGUAAUCCACUACAUUCAGUUGAUGAAAAUAUUCUUCAGACACUGAUAGAAUUCCUGAGUUACGUACGUCAGAGAGAAUCUGGUUUACUGGAUCAUUCCAAUGUACCACUCUCAGCAGAACAAAUGCAACAAGCAUAA